AAGCAAGGGCCCGCGCCCGCCGCGUUCCGCUGCUGUCCUCUCUUUCCCUCGGCCUGGGUCUCUUGAGUGGCGGCGGUAUGGAGGAGGAGGUGGACUCCACCACCGCUCCAGACGGCUCGUGCGUGGUGUCGGCACAGGAGACCGAAAAGUGGAUGGAGGAGGCGAUGCGAAUGGCCAAAGAAGCACUUGAAAAUACUGAAGUUCCUGUUGGCUGUCUGAUGGUCUAUAACAAUGAAGUUGUGGGGAAGGGAAGAAAUGAAGUGAAUCAAACAAAAAAUGCUACUCGGCAUGCUGAAAUGGUGGCCAUUGAUCAGGUCCUAGACUGGUGCCAUCAACACAGCCGUAGUCCUGCUGAAGUAUUUGAACACACUGUACUGUACGUCACCGUGGAGCCAUGCAUCAUGUGUGCAGCUGCUGUCCGCCUCAUGAAAAUCCCGCUGGUCGUCUAUGGCUGUCAGAAUGAACGGUUUGGUGGUUGUGGUUCCGUCCUAAACAUUGCCUCUGCUGACCUUCCCAGUACUGGAAGACCAUUCCAGUGCAUCCCUGGAUAUCAUGCUGAGGAGGCUGUGGAGCUCCUAAAGACCUUCUACAAACAAGAAAACCCAAAUGCACCAAAAUCAAAAGUUCGGAAAAAGGAUUGUCAGAAAUCCUGAUGUUUUGAUGAAAGACUAGUACCCUUUGGAGACCUGGACAGAAUUCCCGACUGAGAGCCGUUGGCGUUGCUGGUCAUGUUUAUAUGUUGUUGUUAAUGUGUGGGAAAAUGGUGUCUCUCGUCAUUUGCUCUGUUAAGGGAACAAAUGAGCCCUUUUAAAGUCUGACAAAUGUAAACAACUAUUAGCUUUCCCAAGCUAAAAGAGUGUCUCAGGGAGGGGAAGGAUUAAGAUUUGAAGUCACAGAGAUCAGUAAGCAGUGCCCACCCUUCAGCCACAGCUUUAGGAAGCCAGAGCUUCAGAACAGCUUUAGGAAGCUGUUCGAGGGCUGGGGAGAUGGCUGAGUGACAAAGUGCUUGCUGUGCAAGCAAGAGGCCUUGAUCCCCAGUACCCAAAAAUGCCAGGCGGGCUUGGUGGCCCUACCUGCAAUUCCAGUGCUUAGAAGGCAGAGUUGUGUUUCUGAGAUCCCAAUGCAAGGAAGUUAGGUCGGCCCUUAUUGGUGAGCUCUGUGUUCAAAUGAGAGAUGCUGCCUCAGUGAAGAAAGUGAAGAGUGAUCUAGGAGGGCCCCAGGAUUCAACCCUAUACUUCACACAUGCACGCCCCCAACACACAAGUGUGUACAUAAGAUGCAAAUACAUAGUCAUACAUUGACACCACACACAUACACAAGUAAGCAAAAAAAAGAAAGAGAGAAAGAGAGAGAGAGAGAGAGAGAGAGAGAGAGAGAGGUCUUUGGAAGAUUGAUCAAGACCCAAACAGGAAGUAGAAGAAGGAAAGCCUUGGGCUUUGACUGAGUGUAUGCAAACCCAGUCCUGCACAUGACUCCACUAGGACAUGGGGACCUGGGCUCAUGCUAGUUUGUAAUAUGAUUUUAUAUAUAUGACUGUGUAUGUCAGGUAUUCGUGUGUGGGUGUGGAGGCAAAGGACAAUCUCAGGUGCCUUUCCUUAGAUGUAGCUCCCCCCCCCCAUCUCCUCUUUCUACUGUGUUUUUUGGUUUGUUUGCUUUUAUUUUUUAGGCUAGGUUUCUUACUGGCCUGAAAUCAAUCAUUCAGCUAGGCCAGCUGGCCAGGAAUGCCCAGGGUGCCACCGGUGUCCUCUAGGAAUUACAGACCUGCACCACCACACCCUCCCUCCCUCCCUUCUUUCUUUUAAAUGUGAUUUUAGGGGAUUGAACUCAGGUCCUUCUGCCACUAUACUGACUGAUAAUCUUCUCUCCAACCCUAGAACAUUGCUUUAAAGUAUUUAGACAAAAUGGUUGCUUUUAAAGUAAGUGCUUAAGGGUCAUUUUUAAAUCAUAGCACAUUGCUACAAUAAAAUUGUAUUCCUGACUUCUUUGACGAGGAGUAGUGUUAACUAAUGGGUGCUGGAGAGAUGGCUCAGGUGUUAAGGAUAUAUACCGCUCUUUCAGAGGACACAAGUUCAGUUACAGCACUGACACUGGCAGCUCACAACCGCCUGUAAUUCCAGUUCCAGGGGCUCCAGUACCCUCUUCGGGACUCCAUGGGCACCUACACUUAAAUGUGCACACAUUUCCACAAUUUACACAGACACACACACACACAUAAAAAAGUCUUUUUUUUUUUUUUGGUUUUUUUUCGAGACAGGGUUUCUCUGUGUGGCUUUGGAGCCUAUCCUGGCACUCGCUCUGGAGACCCGACUGGCCUCGAACUCACAGAGACCCGCCUGCCUCUGCCUCCCGAAUGCUGGGAUUAAAGGCGUGCACCACCAACGCCCAGCUUUAAAAAGUCUUUAAAGAUAAAACUCAAAAUGUAGUUCCUUAUAAUAGAACAACAGUUGUAUUGUGUAAGGGCCAUAUCUUCCUAGAACAAAACAAAGACAUUAUACUUCAAAACAAAGACCUUGUAUUCUCAUGAGAGAGAAGUGAACAAUUACGUGACUUGCUGGAGAAUGCUAGGUGCUGCUGGGCAUAGUGGUACACACUGCAACGCUAGCACUGGGGGGGCGGGGUGGAAGCAAGAGGAUCGUGACUUCCAGGCAAGCCUGAGCUGUGCAGGAAAAUACCCCCCAAAAUUACAGCCAGAUGAUACUUGGGAUAAGAAUGCAGGAAUAAUGGUUAUGGGGUGAAUAAAAUGAUUUCCUUAAUCCGAAAUGGCAAAGCCAUUACUCUUUCAAAUACAGCUGAUAAAAUUUAAAUUGAGUAGCUAAAAAUUUGACCUCAGAACAAAAUCUCCAAAAGGGUCACGCAUGCAGGGUGCAGUGUGCGUCUCUGCCCAACAGGGGGCCUCGCCGUUCCACCGCAGGGCCAGUGCCAGCGCUGCAGCAGUGGCUUUUCUUCAUUGCAUUCAAGUCCUUGAUGCAAAGCGGCUGUGUUUGUUGACUCUGCCAUUUGAGCACUGUCUCCGACUUGUUUGUUUUGAAUUACAUUACAAGCUGGAAUGUGAUUGUGGCAGUAGUAUUUUUAUAUUGCCCGGGGGGGGGGGUGGGGGGACACACACAGCUAAUCACAGUUACAUGCUUCAGGGGAUUUAUAAUUGCGUGGUUUUGUGCGGGUGUGUUUGUAAUGGCACUUUAGAAGUUUUAUGGGCAAAGAAUGCACACGAUUUUAAAUUUACAAUAAUGGGCUGUACACCUUCUCUUCGGUUUUUAUCUACUUUAAGAAAUUGUCUUCUCAUUAAAUUUUAGUGUGUUCCUUUUUGCA